CGAGCCGGCAGGGGGCAGAAACGGUGAAAGCAGGCGAAGAGGAGGGACCGCGUCACCCAGCGAAGAGACCUGCUCAGUGUUUUGAAGUGAAGCUAAUCUCCAGAGUUGCUGUGUGCAGUCAUGAGUGUCCCGGACUACAUGCAGUGUGCGGAAGACCACCAGACGGUGCUGGUGGUCGUGCAGCCGGUGGGCAUUGUCCCUGAGGACCAGUUUUUCCGAAUUUACAAGCGGAUCUCCAGCGUGAAUCAGGUGAAUGUGCGCGACACCCAGCGGGCGCUCUUCAUCCGCUACCGCCACCACUACCCGCCCGAGAACAACGAGUGGGGCGACUUCCAGACACACCGUAAGGUCGUGGGCUUGAUCUCGGUGACCAGCUGCAGCUCGGCCAAGGAGUGGCCGCAGACGGCCGAGCGUUUCCACGGCCAGAAGGAGCUUUUUGGUUCCACGCUGUACGACUCGCGCCUGUUGGUGUUCGGCCUGCAGGGGGAUAUAGCGGAGCAGCAGCGCACGGACGUGGCCUUCUACCCCAGCUAUGACAACUGCCCCGAUGUGGAGAAGAGGGUGGAGGACUUUGUCGAGUCCAUCUUCAUCGUGCUGGAGUCUAAGCGACUGGACCGGGCCACUGACAAAUCCGGAGAUAAAAUCCCGCUCCUCUGCGUGCCCUUCGAGAAAAAGGACUUUGUCGGGCUGGACACUGACAGCAGGCACUAUAAGAAGCGCUGCCAGGGCCGCAUGAGGAAGCACGUUGGAGACCUGUGUUUGCAGGCAGGCAUGCUGCAGGAUGCCCUGGUCCACUACCACAUGGCUGUGGAGCUUCUCCGCUCCGUUAAUGACUUCCUAUGGUUGGGGGCUGCGCUGGAGGGUCUCUGCUCUGCCUCAGUGAUAUUCCACUACCCAGGAGGCACGGCGGGAAAGAGCGGCGCACGCAAGCCCAGCAUCUCCGCGGCAACAGAUACGGGAAAGAGACAUCGGCCAGGUGCUCUGACCACCAGCGGGAUCAGUGCGGACACUAGCAGUGAGAUCGGUCGAGCUAAGAACUGCCUGAGUCAGGAGGACAUCAUUGAGAAGUACAAAGAGGCCAUCUCAUACUACGGAAAGUAUAAAAACGCUGGGGUGAUUGAGUUGGAGGCAUGUGUUAAAGCAGUCAGAGUCCUGGCCAUUCAGAAGAGAGCCAUGGAGGCUUCAGAGUUCCUGCAGAACGCUGUCUACAUCAACUUGGGUCAGCUGUCUGAAGAGGAGAAGAUCCAGCGCUACAGCGUUCUCUCGGAGCUGUACGAGCUGAUUGGCUUUCACCGUAAAUCUGCAUUCUUUAAGCGCGUGGCUGCCAUGCAGUGUGUGGCCCCCACCAUCCCUGACCCGGGCUGGAAGGCCUGUUAUAGACUGCUGCUGGAAACGCUGCCUGGGUACAGCCUUUCCCUCGACCCCAAAGACUUCAGCAAAGGUACUCAUCGUGGCUGGGCUGCUGUACAAAUGCGGUUGCUUCAUGAGCUGGUUUACGCAUCUCGCCGCAUGGGGAACCCGGGCCUCUCCGUCCGCCACCUGUCCUUCCUGCUGCAGACCAUGCUGGACUUCCUGUCUGAUCAAGAAAAGAAGGAGGUCACACAGAGUCUGGAGAACUACACAUCCAAAUGUCCUGGAGGAAUGAACAUCAUCACUCUUCCAGAUGGACUCAAACUGCCCCCGGUGCCCUUCACUAAACUGCCCAUUGUCAAGUCCGUGUCUCUGUUGAAUCUGCCGGCGAGUCUUCGUCCUCAUAAGGUGAAGGGUCUCCCUGGUCAGGGCGUGACAUCGGCGAGCCCCUUCAUCUACUCCCCCAUCACCUUGCACAGCAGAGGAGACGACCGCACCAAGAAGAUCGAUUUUCAGUGGGUGCAGGGGGAUGUCUGUGAAGUGCAGCUGAUGGUGUAUAACCCCAUGCCCUUUGAACUUCGUGUUGAGAACAUGGGACUGUUGAUGUCUGGUGUGGAGUUUGAAUCUCUCCCUGCUGCUCUCUCUCUUCCGGCUGAGUCUGGCCUCUACCCCGUUACUCUGGUGGGAGUCCCACGCACUGCAGGCAACAUCACAGUCAAUGGGUACCACACGUCUGUGUUUGGAGUAAGCAGUGACUGCCUGCUGGACAGUCUGGUUGGAGUGAAGUCCAGUGGCUGCACGGUGGAGGUAGUGCCGUCUCUACCGCGACUGCAACUGAGCACAUCAUUACCACGGUCUGCACGUUUAUGUGGUGAGGAUCUGUCCAGCAGUGUGUGUCUGCAGCUCUUCAAUGGAGAAACUCAGCAGCUCGUCAUCACUCUGGAGAACAUUGGCUCAGAAACUCUGAAUACACUGGAGAUGUCGUCUAAAACACUCACUACCAAAGAGAAGUUAUUCGGGGAUUUUUUGAGCUGGGACCUGCAGGAUGCUCUCUCCCGUCUCCCUCUGAAACCUGGCCAGGCGGUCACUGUCCCCGUCGACAUCCAUGCCAAACUGGACUUCUCUGGCCAGGAGAACCUGCUGCAGGACCUUAAUGAUGAUGGCAUCAGCGUGACUGGAUUACCCAUCUCCAGCCCUCUGAGGCAGGUGCUGAAACCCCGCCCUGAAAAUAAACAAGUCAACGCAGACACCAGCAAGAGUGAAUACAAUCAUGUGAAGACCCUGGAGGCGGUGUUGAACUUUAGGUACAGUGGUGGUCUGGGGCAGGUGGAGGGUUACUACAGAGAGAUCAGUCUGGGGGUGAAGGUGGAUGUGGAGCCCUCAGUGUUCUUCACCAGAGUCAGCACACUGCCUGCAUCCAGUACCCGUCAGUGCCAUUUGCUGUUGGAUGUGUUUAACCCCACUGAGCAUGAGCUCACUCUGACUGCCAGAAACCAGCAGCUCAUUCUGCACUCCAGCGAAUGCCAGAGGAUGGCCAUUCAGGUGGACAAGUUUGACUUUGAGAGCCUGCCGAUGCCGUCCCACGAUGUGUUGCGUCAGAGCAGUUUAUAUCAGCAGGAGGAAGAGAGGCAGCAGGCACAUGGUGGACAGAUCAACAGCACACUGGACCUGCGCUGGAACAUCCCAUCUCUGAAGCGUCAGGGUGAGGCCAGUGUGGAGGGAGUGCUCACGCAGCUCGUACUGGAGCACAUGCAGCUGGCGCCACUGCAGUGGGAUGUGCUGGUGAAUGGUAAAGCUUGUGAUUCUGAUGUGGUUGCCGACUGUAAGGUCGGUGAUGCCGUGCCAUUGGAGGUGAAGCUGACCAAUCGCAGUAAAAGUCCUGUUGGUCCGUUCUCUCUGACAGUCGUUCCCUUCCAAGAUUAUCAGAAUGGAGUCCAAAAUUCGGAGCUGCAGGACGUCGUCACCUUUAUUGGCUCCAACUCCUUCUACAUCGACUCGGUCAGUCCGGCGGGAAACUCCACCUGUGUGGGUGCACUGCUCUUCCUCUACACAGGUGACUUCUACCUGAGCAUUAAGUUCCAGGACGACAGCGUAGGCCGUGACCUCCCGCCCGCCUCGUUCUGUCUGCCCAGCGUCCACGUCAGAGCUCAAGAGCCAGUCGAGGUGGCAGCCUGAGGCUGUGACCUUUGAUUUUGAGACCUCCUGACCUCUGGCUGAGCCAACAGACUCACUUUUUGAAGAAGUUAUCUACUGUAAUUAUGGACCACUCCACAUCUGCUGUAAUGUGGAGCUGUUUCAUUCAUUCAUUCCCCGAGGACCACUGUUUUAAAGGCCAUCAAAUGAGCACCACAAAAGAGCACCAUAUGUCAUCUCACUGACCGGUCACUAUCACCUAUGCCCUCUCUCUAGUCCAGCAUGAAGGAUAAGCCAGUUUUGACUGUUUUAGAACAUCCAGAGCUUUACGACACUGCAGUCUUUGUGUGAGAACAGAGUGCUCUUUUAAUUAAUCUCUAUCUCAAAAUGCUCUCAUGCUUAUAAAAGAUGAAUAGCCUGUUAAUCAAAGACGUUAACCCGCCCCCUAAGAAGCCAUUUAUUUAUUUAUUUUCAUUCGAAAUCGUCCUUCACGUAGUGUAAGCAUUUUCAAAAUUCAUUACUAAAAUCUCUUUACAUUAACUUUUCCAUCCACUCCAAACUGUCUAGUUCUGUUUCAUCCAAACAAAAUCCCCCCAUAAAUGCAAAUCAUGACAAAAUUUCUUAAUAUCUAACAUUAUUUUCUAUAUACAGUAAUAGAGAAGCUUUUUUUGGUGAAAUUUCUUACAUUACCAAAGUAAAAUGUAGGCAUUUUACAAAAUGCAUAUUGUCAGAACAAAACCUCCAAUCUCCAAACUGGUAACCUUACAGAAGAAAGAAGAGAUGAUCUUAACUUAUAGUAAAAGUUCAUGUAAAACAUUUUGUUCCCCCCCAGUAAUUUUGGAUAAUUUCUGUUGCUUUUCAUUAUAAUAUUCUCACACGAUAAGGCCAGCUGGAAAUUUCAAAUAAUGCAAAAAAAAAAAGAUACAAAGGCACGUUGAGCACUUGUUGGCUACCUGAAAGCCACCCCAGCAUUUAUAUUUGAAGCAUUUACACAGAAACAAAAUUUGCGUUGAGGUUGUCUGCAUAGCGCUUUAAAUCAGCUGUGAAAAAUCAGGAAACCGAAAAUUCCCUGGAAACUUUAUAAAUUAUAAUGAAAUAAAAACAAACACUGCUUAAUAAUAAUGCAGCAAGGUUAAGUAACGGUUUACCUGCACAGCAUUCUGUGUAGAAUUGAUUUCAAAUGUGAUGAGUUGAAGGUGUGGACAGGGCUUUCAUAGCUAAGGAAGAGCAUGCGUGUAAAUAAGGCGUGCUCAUCAUAUUUAUGUCAUUAGGUCAGUAUGUGGCUUCAUCUCCUUCAGUUGAAAGAACUGCAUUUUUCAUUUUUUACUACAUUUGAUUCACCUCUUUUCUCCAGAUCUUUUUUUUUUUGGAUUAUUCACCAGAUCCACUGAUGAGGAGUCUCAUUUUGUCCUCUUAGACUGUGUCUGUUGGUGGAGUGUAACAUAUUUGAUCACUUUGUGACGCUUCAGUCAUAAAUCAUAAACAUAGUGUUACUGAAAAA